AUGCAUCACACAGCCGUCCUCCUCCUCCUGACCAUCAUAAACGCCACUUCGUUCUUCACGGGUGAUGCGCCACAACCCCCAAGCUUCCACGGUGGCAGUUGCAUCGCCGCCGAGAGGACUGCCUUGCUCUCUUUCAAAGAGGGCAUCACAAGCGACCCCGCCGGCCUCCUCACCUCGUGGCGCGGCCAGGACUGCUGCUGGUGGAGAGGCGUCAACUGCAGCAACCAGACCGGUCAUAUCAUCGGGCUUCGCCUCCGCACUCCAAGCCCGAACGUGUUCAAGGAUCCAUGUGACGGUAACAGUCUGCUCGGUGAAGUAAGCCACUCUUUGCUUUCCUUGGAGCAUCUAGAGCACCUGGACCUCAGCAUGAACUGCUUGUUUGGGCCAAACGGCAGCUUUCCAGAGUUCCUGGGCCAGAUGAGGAACCUGAGAUACCUCAACCUCACCGGCUUAACGAUGUUUACCGGUAGGGUGCCUCCACAGCUUGGUAACCUGUCCAAGAUGCAGUAUCUGUCCAUCGGCCAGGCUGGUAGUCGCUCUCAGAUGUACUCUGAUGACAUCACCUGGUUAACAAACCUUCGUUUGCUACAGCACGUUAGCAUCGGAGGGAUAAAUCUCUCGGGGAUACAUGACUGGCCUCAUAUGCUGAACAUGAUCCCGUCUCUAAGGGUUAUCAGUCUUAGUGGUUGUUCGCUUCAGAGCACAAAUCAAUCGCUUCCGUACCUCAAUCUCACAAGACUUGAAAAGCUUGAUCUUUCCUGGAACACUUUUGACCACUCAAUUGCAACUAGUUGGUUUUGGAAAGCCACAAGCCUCAAGUACCUCAAUCUUCAGGCCAACAGAUUAUCCGGCCAAUUUCCCGACGCACUAGGAAACAUGACAUCCCUUCAAGUCCUUGACGUGUCAACAAAUUGGAACAAGUACUUGAUGAUGACAGGAAACCUGAAGAAUCUUUGCAGUCUGAACAUUCUAGACUUCAGCAAUAAUGAAAUAAAUGGAGAUACAGCAGUCAUGAUGGGGGGUUUGCCAGAAUGCGCAUGGGAAUCUUUGCAAGAGCUAGAUUUCAGCUACAACAGUUUCACGGGAACAUUGCCAAAUUUGAUAGGUACAUUCAGCAGCUUGAGGAGACUUGAACUCUCCAAUAACAACCUCACGGGGAGUGUACCACCAGGCAUUGGGAAUUUGACAUGUUUAACUGCCCUUGACCUUUCGAACAACCGCUUCAGUGGAAGUGUACCCUCUGAAAUUGGUUCCCUGAUCAAUCUAUCUUCUUUGGAUCUAAGCAACAACAACUUCAGUGGUAUUGUGCCUUCUGAAAUUGGUGCCCUUAGUGAUCUGACUUCUUUGGUCCUAAGCAAGAACAACUUUAGUGGUGUGAUCACGGAAACACAUUUUGCAGGUCUAAAAGGUUUAAAGAACAUAGACCUGUCUUCCAAUAGUUUGAAGAUUGAAGUAGAUUCCGAUUGGCUUCCUCCCUUCAGGCUGGAGUCUGCGCUGUUUUCAUCUUGCCGAAUGGGUCCUCUGUUUCCUGCCUGGCUUCAGUGGCAACAAGAAAUUACUAAACUUGACAUUUCCAGCACAGCUCUAGUGGACAAGAUUCCUGAUUGGUUUUGGUCUACAUUUUCACGAGUCACAUACCUCGACAUGUCUGACAACCAAAUUAGUGGAAACUUGCCAGCACAUCUAGAUGACAUGGCGUUUGAAGAACUCUACCUCAGUUCAAACCGGCUUACAGGGCCAAUACAACCGUUCCCAGGAAAUAUCACCGUGUUCGACAUCUCCAACAAUUCCUUUUCAGGAACACUGCCAUCAAAUCUUGAAGCUGUGGAACUGCAAACAUUGCUCAUGUAUUCAAAUCAAAUUGGUGGUAGCAUUCCAGAAUCUAUGUGUAAACUACAAAUGCUGGGAGAUCUAGAUUUAUCAAGCAAUCUUUUGGAGGGUGGAAUUCCUCAGUGCUUUGAGAACAUAUCCAUAUCAUACCUACUAUUAAGCAACAAUAGUUUAUCAGAUACAUUCCCAACAUUUCUGCACAAUGGAAAGAGUCUCGAGUUUCUUGAUCUUGCAUGGAAUAAGUUCUAUGGAAGGAUACCAACAUGGAUAGGAGAGCUCAGAAGAUUACGGUUUGUGCGACUAAGUCACAACACGUUUUCUGGGACUAUUCCAGUUGAAAUAACGGCUCUCAGUUAUCUUCAAUAUUUGGAUCUAUCAGGAAAUAACAUAUCCGGUGUUAUACCUUUGCAUCUGUCAAACCUAACAGGUAUGACCCGGAAGGGCUUCAUGCCUAUAUCUGGUACAGAUAUUGGUCCAUCUGAUUUGGGUUCAGUAACUGUAACAGGUCAAUUUGGAGCGCUCUUGUCAAUAAUCACAAAAGGGCAAGAGCUUAGAUAUGGUGGCACCCUGGCAUAUUUUGUGAGCAUUGAUUUAUCAGGCAACUCCUUGAGUGGUGAAAUUCCCAUGGAUAUCACUUCCCUUGAUGCAUUGAUAAAUCUCAAUUUGUCAUCAAACCACCUGAGUGGAAACAUUCCUAGCAAGAUUGGCGACCUACGGUCAUUAGAGUCUCUUGACCUCUCUCAGAACAAGCUUUCCGGUGAAAUCCCAUCAAGCUUGUCAAGUUUGACAUCUCUUAGCUAUUUGAACAUGUCUUAUAAUAGUUUGUCUGGAAGGGUACCAUCAGGCCACCAACUUGACACCCUUAGUGCCAACAACCCAGCACUUAUGUACAUUGGAAACAACGGACUUUGUGGGCCUCCUCUUCAGAAGAAUUGUUCAGGAAAUGGUACGGUUUUUCAUGGUCAUCUUGGAAGCAGCAAUCGGGAAUUUGAGCCACUGACCUUCUAUUUUGGUCUUGUGCUGGGACUUGUAGCGGGGCUCUGGAGUGUGUUUUGCACGUUCCUGUUCAAGAAGACAUGGAGGAUUGCUUAUUUUCAACUCUUUGAUGAGCUGUUUGACAGAAUCUAUGUAUAUGUGGUUGUGAAGUGGGCAAGCUUCACAAGGAAGACAGAUGAAGAAUAA